AUAUUAAAUAUAUUUGUUGCAGCAGCCAUACAUUACUAAGGGCUAAUGUAGACCAGAGGAGAAACAGCGCAAAGCGAUUCGUGAAUACAGGUGAGUGAACGGAGGAUGUCAUGCUGGUGAUCCGCGCUUACAAACACUCAGUGACGCGCGACUAUGCGCGCGCACAUACACGCGCAGAAGCGGAGCUACACAUUCUUUACGACGGUUAUCAGGCGGCCAAAUGAAGAUGAGGAUUUUAAAAUGGUAUCUAGCUUGUCAUGGCUCUAAGUCCGCUGCGCUGUGUGUGUCGCGGUGGAAUCCGACGCGUUGCAGUAGCUUCCCGGCGUGGAUGAGAGCGCGCUUGUCUCCCUAUUCCUCUGAAUGUGAGCGCGCUGUCUGCCAUUGCUGAACACAGAAGGCCCACGAGAGCGUGAAAUGUCACGCCUAUGGCGAUCGCUUCUUAUCCCCUGUUUCGCGCUGCUGCUGUACUUCAGCAGCGCGAGCUCCGGACUGCCUGGCCGGACCCGCGACGUCAGUCACACGCGAGAUCCCUCUUGGUCGCAGCGCGCAGGCGGCGAGCUCAGAGGUAUAGGAGGGACCGGUCAUAACUCUUACACCCAGGCAAUGUCACUACUCAGCAAAAGCAGGGAUGCCAGCCAUGAGCCAAGGCACUGGGGCAGGAACAGCUACCUAAGCAGCACUGUAGGUACUCUGGGAGCAGAGGCAGGGAGUCUGUGUGCUUACCGCAUCCUGGACCAGGGGGAGGAGGGCCACCUCUGUUUCCGUCGUGCCUUACCCCACUUCACCUGUCCCAGCAGCACCUGCCGACAGGUGAGUUCAUCUGGUGGCCUACUGGUGGCCAACCUUCUCUCCAACGGCAGCGUGCUCGUGCAGUGGACUUAUCCAGCAUGGCAUGGUGCACAGCUUGGUUCAGGGCAAACCCCAGGGACCCUGGCUGUCCCAUCGACAACCCCAGAAACCCUGAAAGAGACUGCAACGACAGAUCGGGAGGGAGGAUUUUUAGCCACCCCCCAGAAGAGCCGCAGAGUGCCGGUGCAAGAGCACGCGGGGGGCUUUAGAUUGAGCUGCUGGUGGAAUGGGAGCUACACGCAGUUCGAGUGUGCAGGCGUACAGCUGGGCCGCAGCUGCAGGGACUACCUACUGACAGAACUCCAUGAGAACGUGCCCUACCGCAUCUGCCUGCAGCCCCUGGCCCUGCCAGCCGGCCAGGACACGCCAGGCUUGUGCCUGGAGUUUACCGUCUCUCCCACUGGGAUGCAGGACAUCGUAAUUGCCAUGACAACGGUGGGAGGUGCCAUCUGCGUGAUGCUGGUCAUCAUUUGCCUGUUGGUGGCAUACAUCACGGAGAACAUAAUGAGUCCGUCCAUACAACACACACUUACAGCGCAGCACUCUCAUCGCUCACAAAACACACACCUCUGAACCCUCCACUCUCAGAAACGCACAUUCACAACUCCUAACUCUAUGUGAACCAAACACACACUGCACAACCUAAAAAACACUCACAUUUAACAGCAUUCACACAACAGUUACAAAAUAGACUGCUGACACUCUCACUCUCCCACACAUGCGUGCUCACAGAACUCCAGCACUCUUAACACCCCACACACUCUACUCACACACACACACACACACACACACACACACACACACACACACCCAAUGGCAGACACGUACACACCUAAAACUGUGUUGGCCUGUAACAAUCUAUUAGUCAUUGUUACAGUGAUGAGGUAUUCAGGAAAGGUAUUCUCAUAAACCGCAUUCCAAAAAGAAUAGUUUUCUGUAUAAAGAAACACACACACGUUUCAGUUUUGAACUUCCGUGGUACUUCCGUUUCAGUAAAUGAUUAUAGAUCAUGUGUGCAAAACACAGAUCUGACCAGGUAAAGAAGGAACCACCCCUGAGCGCCCUCAGCGUCUCGUGCCUGAAUGGAACCUUUACUUAAACUGUAAUCUACACACUCGCAUAGGCCUACAUAACCAUACUAAUAAGCUGUUGCGCCCCCUAACUGUGACUGUGCGAACUGACCUCUGUUGAUUUCCUGGAAAUAAGUUUACCAUUGAACUGUGCACACAAACUUAGGGAAAUAUGUUUAGUCGCAUAGUUGUAGGAACAUGUUAUACAAAAGGCUUUACGUAUAUUGUUGAAUAAAUAUAGUCUGUUAAUCAGUAAUAACAGAAGGUAAUGGAUGGACAUCGGAUCAGACUGUGCUAAUACAAAUUUAAAGGAAGAGCUUUCGUGGCUAUGACAACGAAUGAAAGCUAGUGAGAACGAGCUAAAAUUAAUUUCAAUUGAAUAUAAGCUAAUGCCAAGCUAUCGCUAGGCUGUUGUCAUUACCGUUGAUUUAGGCUACCUUUAGUAACGCUAGCUAGCAUUUUCAGAAGUGAGCUGUUCCUUACAGGACAGAGGAGGCAUUCGAAGGAUGUCGCUGCUUUCCCCGCUAAUGGACCGAUGCUGUUUUAUUAACGAGGACUUCACGGUAACGCAUACCGUUCUCAGAUCCUUGUGGUGGAGACAAUAAUUAAUUAUAUGCCUUUACUUUCUCUCAGCUGUUUUAGAGUUAGUAAUAUUAUUCACUUUAAGGAGGACAUGCGAACUGGUGAAGUCAUUUGAAUACUGUGCUUUUUUCCCCCUCCAUUACGCAAAACCUCCUGUGUCAACUAAUAAAGGAUUAAUGUAU